GACGUCAUAAAACGUCAGAAACAUGCGACAGUUUUUGGCCAGCACUCUGCCGUCCACGGGCGAAGGACACUAGAGAAUCCUUCUGAUUUCUUAGACUCAUUCUUGACGCUCCGACCCUGAUCGUUUAGGUCCGUGAGGAUUUCGUGAAGGACGGGUGUGUCAGUGUCACGUCGGCCGCUGUCAAUGAUCAUACCGCAUCUGAGGAGGCAGGAAGGAAACGAGACUCUGCCUCGUAAGGAAAGAGGGUCUGGGAUGGGAUUACAUCAGGGAUCUGAGCCUGUCACAGCUUUAAUUACAUUGUACAAACGUGGAUGUGGCGCUUCACUGAGCAAAAAGGAUGACAUCGGAGGCCACGGUCUCCACACCACCUGCCAUUAGCAACUCCACUGCCUACUUGCUGCGCUCCUUUUUAGCUGGAGGUUUGGCAGGAUGCUGUGCCAAAACAACCAUCGCUCCUCUGGACAGAGUCAAGAUCCUGCUUCAAGCUCAGAACCCGCAUUACAAACAUCUAGGGGUUCUUUCCACCCUCAGGGCUGUGCCAAAAAAAGAAGGCUUCCUGGGUUUGUACAGGGGCAACGGGGCGAUGAUGGUCAGGGUAUUUCCAUACGGAGCUAUCCAGUUCAUGACCUUUGAAAACUAUAAAAAGCUGCUAAGUAAACACUUGGGAAUCUCUAGGUAUAUCCACAACUUCAUGGCCGGCUCUAUGGCAGGUAUGACUGCGGUGAUAUGUACCUACCCUCUGGACGUGGUCCGAGCCAGACUGGCCUACCAGGUGAAGGGAGAGCAGCGGUACCAUGGUAUUGUGCACGCCUUCCGCACCAUCCGCCAAAAGGAGGGGGGCAUGCAGGGCUUCUACAGAGGACUUACACCUACACUUAUUGGAAUGGUUCCAUACGCAGGCUUGUCCUUCUUCACCUUCAGCAGCCUGAAGACCCUCGGCCUGAAGCACUUCCCAGAGCUGCUGGGACGGCCCUCUGCUGACAACCCUGACGUCCUCGUCCUAAAAUCCCAUGUCAACCUGCUCUGCGGGGGGCUGGCUGGUGCCAUGGGUCAGACAAUAUCGUAUCCACUGGAUGUGGCCAGGAGAAGAAUGCAGCUGGGGGCUGUGCUCCCUGACUCUGACAAGUGUGUAUCAUUGACCAAGACCCUGAAAUUCGUGUACCAGAAAUAUGGUGUGAAGAAAGGAUUGUACCGAGGCCUGUCUCUCAACUACAUCCGCUGCGUCCCCUCCCAGGCCGUGGCCUUCACGACACACGAGUUCCUGAAGCAGGUUCUGUACCUGAAUUAGCCGGUGAUUGUUUUCCAUCCAGAACAAAUGUUAGUUAUACCAGGUUCACACACACGCACACAAUCCUUCAUUUUACGUUUUUAUUUUAUAAUCACUGGUUGCUUAAUUUAACAAGUGCUUGUUUCAAAUAAUUGUUGAUACGGUUCUGCCUGUUUGGGAUAUUCUGCAGUAAUUGUUGACAC